AUGGAGGAUUUAGCUGUGGCAUAUGUGCAGGAUAAUAGGCUGAUAGGGUGGCCUCAUACGUGGGGGCUACGUGGUGACUGGCGAACUCUAGUGGAAAAUCUGUUGUGCCUGCUCAAGCCAGUGGAAGAGGAGUUACUUCCCCCACGAGGGCCUGUCAACUGCCGCAUUUGGGAAAUCUUUGCGAGGGCAAAGUUCCAGCAGAGGCAGUGGUUCGUGGUGGCUUCGAUUCUUCGCAAUAUGAACCCGCGGUUGAAUGUGGAUGAGCCUGCUCAGCGUCCGGGCCUGCCAGAAGAUCAUGUGAUGGUAAUGACAAUUCAGAAGGGUUUCAAUCACCUCUUGGCAUCUUUUCAUGCUGUCCAAAGGCAUUUGGAAAGAUGCCAACUUAUCAGUACCGAGCUCCAGACCAACAUGAUCAUUUUCAGAGCACGACUCGAAUCAUGUUCCCGAAGCAUUGUGGGCGCAAUCACCCGUCAGCCAUGGUGUCAGCCAGGCAAGUAUCUCCCACGCCCAGACGAAAAUUUCGAUGCGCACAUGACAGAGCGCUGGCAGUGGCUUUCAGCCGACGCUUGCAAGAUCGCGGAGGAGGUCGGAAAGCUGCCUUCCAUGUCUGAUGCCUCUGAGGUCAUUUCGCUCAGCUCAUGGAGCAUGAUCUCCGAGACUGCCAGUGACCGAGGGCCAGCGAUGCUGACGGCACAUUUGGAGCUUGAGAGUGUGGCAUCCCAUUAUUCAGUUGACAGCGACAUGUCGUGCCUGUCCGGGCAAGGUGGGCCGCACUGCUUUUUGCCUUCCUAUCUCUUCAAACAUCCACAGGCAGCUGGAGCAACAGCCUGGGUGUCCGCGCAGGACCUUCAGAAGGGCACGAAGAUCCUUGCGGCAGAUGGUGCCGUCAUCGAGGUGCAAAAGGUGGAAGCACAGAAGACCCAGAAGCUGCUGGACCUGGAGAUAGAUGAUGCGGUGCCCUUCACAACCACUCCCAACCACCGCAUCAUGGUGCCAUCGGACGACCAGACGGUGAAGGCGAUCAAGGUGGAAGUGGGGAGUUGGGUGAUGUGCAGCGAUCGCAUGGCCAAGAAGGUCAUUGGAAAGAAGGAGUACCUGGUUGAGGAGCAAGAGGUCUUAGCCAUUACCUUCCAUCCCGACAAGGCGGUGGCGUGCUUCCUCCCCCCGGAGGAGCCGGUGGUGUUGAGCAAGGGCCUCACACCCAAACCCAUCCGCCGCGGCGGCAUGUGCCGGCGAGCUGCCAGAGAUGAGGUUUGCAGUGUGGUGACAAUGGGUGAGUAUGAGGAGUGA